AUGGUCGCGCAACAAUCGAAAGCAAAGCGGAAGCAAGAUUUCCUCAUUGCUUUCUCGCCAAUCAUUGCCGAUGCGACUGCGGUCGCAUUUAAGGGAGCUUCUAAUGAUAUCCAACGAAAGCUGAGGCGCGUAAUCGAGGUUUGGCGACAACGGAAUAUCUUCGAAGAACCUAUUCAGCAGGCUGUAGAGGCUCGAGUUGAUGAGGUGGACAAAUCUAAAUCAUCGGGUAAAAAGCCAUUGCUAGGAGGCUCACUAUUCGCUAGCUCGCCGGGAUCCAUUCCAUCUGAGUUACAACCUCUAGCUCCGCUGCAAACCGCUGUUUCCAAGGCCACAGUCUCCUCAUCUGCCGCCGUUACGGCUGCCAAUACCGAAUAUGACAAAAUGAACGACCCGUCGGCCCAGGUCCCAACACCGCCCGUUCACGCUGCCCGUCUCAGCCAACUUCUUAAGUCCCUUGCGAAUGCAGAAAGUUCGGUUUCCGAAAUUAUCAAGUCACGCCAGUGUUUGAUCCAAGGGCUUGAGAAGCUUCUCGACACGAACCGCGCUGCGUUAACCAAGGAACAGGCACUGGUUGAGCAAUUGGCGGCACGCAAAAUGGAAACAGAGGGUAAGAAGCGGGACGUCGAAGAUGCCAUCAUGCGCGGCUUAUCCGUGGAGGAUUCCUCGAUGUUGCGGGCAGUUGGCAGUGCGAAUGAUACCGGCAAUACUGAAUCGACAACGCCAAGUCAGCUAGGUGAAGAGCCUGAGCGCCCCGUCAUCGAGGCUCUGACACCUCCACCUGUUGAAGACCUCACACCAACCGGCUCCCCUACUCAAAUCCAACCACCAGGGGGUGAGGAAUAUCACAACAAUCAGCAUCAGCAUCAAUACCAACAUCAGCCCACUGCAGGGAUUGGUGUUUCCACCCAUUCAGGUCAACCGGAGCUUCCUCAACAUCAAUACCCCUCAGAAACCCCGAUCCUCCCGCAGCAAGCACCUGCGGAUGGUCAGGUUACAACAACGUCAAUCACUCCCACCACUAUAGAUCUAACAUCUACGCUCGCAGCCCUACAUGGACAUGGACAGCAGCUGUCACGGGAGAACCCCGCAAAUGCAAACAUCAACGUGGGCGCGAACACGAAUGGAUCGAGCGUGAAGAAGCGCAAAGUUUCUCAUCCGCUUGUGCAUGCGCAGCAGGAUGAAUACCCGGGCUUUUCUGCUGAAGGAGACGUUAUGGCGGAGUUGGAUGAUGACGUUGCGGAGUUGUUGAGGCAGGAGAGUAAUAAAUAUUAG